UUACAGGACCAGGCGCAGAGACAGUUGAAAAAAGGCGGGAAAUUUGAGGAUCUGUCGUCAGGCGAGUGUAGGCCGUCCGCUCUGGUAGAACGCUAUGACAACCUCUACACCCAGACGAGGCUAGAUGCUAUGGACGAGCUUGAUGAGUCGGAAUCUCUAGAUAAAGUGGACGACAGUGGAGACAUCAAAAACAAAAUAUUGUUCUCGGUUUUGGUGGUAAGUAUCAUAAUCUUCAUUUGCAUUUGCAGUUGUGAUUCGUUCAAAAAAGUUGUUAUAAUCGACUUAAAAUGAGUAAAAAGGCCAAUGAGAACCCCUGGAGAGUCUGCUUGCUCAAGGAAAUUUUUUCAGGGAAAAAGCAACUUUUUGUGAGGACAAGCGAUUGGUAGGGCAAAUUAUUAUUGGUCGGCCAAGAGAUAUUUGAGACUUAAAAAAGAGUCGCUACGGUGACCACGUGACCUCUACUGCUGCGGUCGUGGAUGCGGAGUCCUGGGGAGAAUACGUCACCGUAGCCCGCCUAGCAGCUUAGCAGCAAGGAGCAGCAAGCGUUUCCAUGUGGUUUUGGAGCUCGUUCCAUGUUUCGCAGGGCCAAAACCUAAAAUAGCGUUCCUCGUCGUCCCCCGGUCUUUCUUUGCUCCGUAACCACACAAAAAGGCUUGCUACGCAGGCUAUAGCCCACCAAAUUUCAACUUAAAGCAAGAGGAGUCGAAACAGUGAGUGGGGCGUUUCUCGCUCACUUGCUUUUACUGUUAAUAAGUCGUAAUGACCUCCUUCAGAGAAGCAAGAGAUGUUAUUUUUCUCUCUUACAAUCAAGGAUUAACAGUGACGAGGAGUGUUUGUUGCUGUAUGCUGGAUUCGUGCAAGCCUCAAAACCUGGAUUUUCCUUACGACUUGUACACAAAAUUUGACCUCGGUUGAGGAUAAGAAAUUUUAAAAUGAGAAAACGCAGGGGAGACGUAAUUCCUGGAAAACUAGAAGCGUCAAAUACUUUCUUGAUAAAGUGAAAAACAAUCUAUGAUAGGUUUUAAAACAGGUGAUCGUAAAAAAAGAAAACAGGAGAAAAGUCAACUUUCAUAAUCACGUAGCAGCGACUACGCCACAAGACAGGUCUUCACGUUGUUGGACUUGGCGCUCCGACUAAAAGCCAUUUUCAUGCAAGCGCACUGCGUCAUGUAUGGGCUUUUUUCCUUUCGGCCGCCGUAGCGGUCGCCGUGGCCCUCCUCAUGCGCAGAACUAUUCCUCAAUCUCCAUAGGUAAGAGCAUGUAUACCAUCAUACUCUGUGGAGUUUCAUUAAAAACAACGCCUUUAACUCGAACCAAUGACGUUAAAAGUGUUUGUGUCCAUUCCGGUAGGUGGCAUACCGAACGGUACAACACUCACUGACAGAAAAGCAAACUAAGCUCAAGAAAAUCCUAGAUAUCCCGGAUGACGACAAGAUAGCAGCGCACGCGCAGGAAAUGCAAGACCGCAUUGCCGACUAUCUAAGGAUAACGGGCGCACGAUUGAAAAUUGACAGUAUCAAACAGGUGUGUUGAGAACUUAAGUGAAUAUUUUAAUGAAUGUCGAAAAAGUGGAUGAUUAUUUUGGUUAAUUUGUUGAGGGUGAACGCAAAUAAUUAAUCCUUUCCAAAUAGUUGUGAAUGCAUCCUUAAGAAAGCAAUUGAUCAUUCAAGCUCGAUUUUAAGGUAUAGAUUGUUUUGUGGUAUUUAAAACAAUGUCAACGGAGACAACCCCAAGCUAUAAUGACGGAAAUCUUGAAGAUAUAAACUCAAUCUAUACAUUUGCUUGACUUAGAAAAGUAAUGUAUUUCUAUGUGGACGGAAUAAACAGUUUCGACAGCGGGACACGCGGGUUCAGUCAGCUGUUUUCUUUCCGAGAAACCAGGAGACAUUUCUUUAACCCCAUCAUUUCGUAUAUGCAUAAAAAGGUGGCGAAUAAUUCAUAAGGAGGUUUUUAACACUUCUUUUUUUUUGGCUUUAAAGGAUGUAAGUAAACAGCUAUGGAGCACCUUGUACGAUUUUCCAGAAUUACAAAACUUUGUGAAGUUGAAAGAAUACAUGGAUGAAUGCGUUCGCUUGUCAUGGAUGCUGGCAGUCCAAGUUCCACCAAUGAGCAUUGAAUACGAAGCCACAGAGUUCUCAGCGAGACUUCACGGACGGUUCAUGACGUCUGACAUGACAUCUCUUCAAAUAAAGUAUCACGUGUGGCCGGCUUUGAUCGAAUCGAAAGCCGGUGUUGUGCUUUAUAAGGGAACUGUAGUGACAUGA